UAUAGUACAACGACUCUGCCUCGCUGCUAAUCAGUCUGAACGGUUCUGGUAGGCAAGUCUCAAGGACAAACCAUGCAUUCGAGAUAGAGAUUCCCCAUCAAAUGCAAAGGAAAGACAAAGUUUUGGGAUAAAAUAAGGGAUUUGUAAAUGCUUUAUUGAAAAAGAUAUAUCCUGGCUGGAAACCUUGGAAUUAAAGUAUUUUCCUACCGAAGCAUUCUUCUUUUUUAUCCUGAGAGAGAACAACAGGUGUUUCUCUAUUUUUUUUUCUGCGAAGCGUGACCUUGCUGUGGUGACCCCUUCUGGGGUUUAUUUGUUGACAGUUUCCCGACAACAAGAGGAAUAACCCUAACAAACUGUUAUAUCAGUAAGACAAUUUUCAACACAAAGUGGAGUUACAUUCUCUUGGCCCAUAGCCAGGAAUGGUGGAUAACUUCCUAGUGAGCGGCAAGGAGACUUUCUUUACUUACGAUAGCGCCCCUUCGGUGUAUCACCUGUCGGAUAUGGUGACGGAUGCAGGGACCUACCAGGUGAUGCCCUCGCCCUUCUCCGAGGAUGACCUGAGCGAGUCGUCAAGCCCUCGCUCCUGUUCUAGCCCCGACUCCCAAGUGCUCAGCUCCAGCUAUGGCAGCAGCUCCAGCGCCGAGAGUUCAGACAGCAUCCUGGACUUCCUGCUGUCCCAGACCUCCCUAGGCGGAGCAGGGACUGCGGCGGCCAUCCCCAUGUCACUGCCCACCUCUCUGUGGGACUCACAGAGGGAUGAGCCAUCCCACCCCCAUCCAGAGGCCUUGAAGGAGGAGAGUGUGGACUUCUCUGUCUGGUCCUUGGUGGACAUGGAGCAGCCGUCCUUCCAGCCCACAUUGGAGGAGAUAGAGGAGUUCCUGGAGGAGAACAUGGAGGUGGUGUCGUCCAUGAAGCAGGAGGCCCGGGAGGGGGCGCAGGGGCUGGGUCUGGAGGAGAUCAUGGGGCUGGGGGUGGGACUGGAGGUGUACAGGGAGUCCUCAUCCCCAGGGCCAAGGCUGGAGCCCGAGGCCAAGCAUUCAGACCAAACUGUGUUUACCGAGAAUGCCGCCACCACCACCGAGACCAAAAUCACACCGGCCUCGCCGGCACAGGAGUCCAUAGAAGGUCUGCACGAAGACAGGUCCAAGAGUGAUUCAUUAUCCAGCAGGCUUGGGACAACAGAGAGCUUUGCAAACCGUGGCAGCAGUGGGAUGCCGGUCAUCCUGCAGAUCCAGCCCAUGCAGAUCAAAAAGGAACCCAGUUCCACGGCUCCUCAUCAUCCUCCCCAAGUCGUCCAACCUCCCCCUCAGCCGGCAUCAGACAUCAAAAUUGCCCAGCUGCUGGUCAACAUCCAGGGGCAGACCUUCGCCCUGGUUCCCCAGCUGCUGCCCUCCACCAGCCUUAAUGUCUCCUCCAAGUUUGUGCGCAUCGCUCCAGUGCCCAUUGCAGCCAAGCCCCUGGGCCUCGGGGAGGUGCUGGUUGGGGUCCAGGGCCAAGGGCUCCAUGUGGGGGGUCAGCAGUUUCAGAAGAACCCUGUGGCGGACCUCAUCAAAAUGCACAAAUGCACUUUCCCCAGCUGUACCAAGAUGUACACCAAGAGCAGCCACCUGAAAGCCCACCUCCGGAGACACACAGGGGAGAAGCCCUUCGCCUGCACCUGGCCAGGCUGUGGAUGGAGGUUCUCGAGGUCAGAUGAGCUGUCGCGGCACCGGCGGUCCCACUCAGGGAUCAAGCCCUACCAGUGUCCAGUGUGUGAGAAGAAAUUUGCCCGCAGUGACCAUCUGUCAAAACACAUCAAAGUCCACCGCUUUCCGCGAAGCCGGACACUGCGCACAACAAACUGACCACACCCGGAUCACUCUUCAAUGGACACAGUCCAAAGGAGCAUGGAAUGUGUGUCUGUGAGAUGGAAUUUGUGUGAAUGUGCUUGUGUGAGAGUGUGGUAUGACUUACGGGGGGG